AUGUCUGAAGAUAAUUCAAAAUCGAGUGAAGUCGAUGAUGAAGUGAGAACUCUGAUUAAAAACAGAGGUAUAGUUAAAGCCAAGAUGACUAGAAUGGAAAAUUGGUUCAAACAAGAUAAACCUCUUGAUAUUGUUCAAUGUAAAUUACGUUUGGAACAACUAAUGCAAAUUUUCAAAGACUAUGACAAUUUUCAAACUAAAUUAGAGGUUAUGGAUUAUGAAUCACAUCAUCAAGACAGAGAAAUUAUGGAAGAUAAAUAUUUUGAUUUGAUUUCUUUUGUAACUAAAAUUGUUAAUCAGUCUGAGGACACUCAACAAUCCAAUUCUUCAACUGAUAAUCGGUCUACAAUAUCUCAUUCAAGUAUAAAGUUACCUGAAAUUUCUAUUCCAAAUUUCUCGGGCGAUAUCAAACACUGGCCAAGCUUCUUCGAACUAUUUACUGCACUGAUAACAAAUAAUCAAAAAUUAUCUAAUGUUCAAAAAUUAAUUUAUCUGAAAUCUGCUCUAACAGGGGAGCCAUUACAACUCAUAGAAAAUUUGGAAGUGAUCGGGUUGAACUUUCCCAUAGCUAUUAAUACGUUGAGGGAUAGAUUCGAUAAUAAAUACCUAAUUGUUAACGCAUAUAUAAGAAAUUUACUGAAUGUUCCAUCCUUAACAAAAGGUAAUGAUAACAAUCUGAGAAACUUUAUUUCACAAAUUAAAACAAAUUUGGCAGCUUUAAACACCUAUAAUUUAUCAGAAAAACUUACUGACUUGAUCCUUAUUCAAAUUUUCACACAGAAGCUAGAUUUUGGUUUAAGAAAAGAAUUUGAAGGGGAAAGAAAUGUUCGCGAUUUUCCAACGCUCCCAGAAUUUAUACAAUUUUUAGAAAGAAAAUAUAAGGUUCUCGAAAAUUUGAGUGAGUCAACUCAAAAUUCAAAAUUAAAUUCUUCGCACAAAAAUAAUAAUACUUCUCGUAGUUCUUAUCAUGUUGAUACUUCAGAUAAAACUAAAUUCUUCAAAUGUUUCAUCUGUGGUACCGAUGAGCACAGAAUAUAUUCCUGUAAGAGGUUCCUGAAUUUAUCUCCAAACGAUCGUCAUGCUGCUGCUAAAGCAAAAAAUGCCUGUUUGAAUUGUCUUUCAUUAGGCCAUACUGUUCAGUCAUGUUAUAGUCAACGCAAAUGUUCCAAUUGUCAAAGGUCUCAUCAUAGUUUAUUGCAUUUCAAUAAGAAUUCAUCUCGAAAUUCAUUUUCCCAUUCCAGAUCUCAUGAUGAACCAUCCAGAUCAACUAGUUCGACGCAAGCAUCUUCCCAUUUAUCCACUAGUGCUCAAUCAUACAUUCCAGUGCGAGAAGAGGUUGAUUCUUCUGCUCAAAAUUUGUCUUCUCUUUCAGUACAGUCCUCUAAUAAUGAAGUGCUUUUAGCUACGGCAUGUGUCAAAUUGUAUAAUUCUCACAACCAGACAAUUAUAGCUCGUUGUUUUACAGACUCAGCAAGUCAAAAAUCAUUUGUAACUGAAGAUUUAGUUAGAAAACUCAAUCUCAAAACUUAUGACCAGAAAAUUCAAAUUUCCGGUAUCUCUCAAAGUUGUUCUAUGUCAAAUAGAAUGAUUGAUCUAAAAAUUCACUCAUUAGUACACACCGACCGAAAAUUUAGUGUUUCUUGUGCUGUUCUUAAAACUAUAACUUGUAAACAACCACAGUUACCAAUUAGUUUGAGUUCUAUUCCUAUUCCAAUGAACAUUCAAUUAGCAGAUAUCCAUUUCAACACUCCAUCUAAUGUUGAUAUACUUUUGGGUGCAGACAUAUACUUUGACAUCAUUACUGAUGGUAUAAUUAAAUUAGGUCCUGGAUUGCCUGUUCUUCAAAAUUCACAUCUAGGAUAUUUAAUUGCUGGAAAUAUUCCUCAGUCAGGAUGCAUGUCUCGUGCAACUCAUUUAACUGCAUCACAAUAUUUAUUCGAAUGUACAGAACCUACUGCCAAUCCAGAUGAUAUGUUGAAUGAUACUUUAACCAAAUUUUGGGAAAUUGAAGAAGUACAAAUUCAAUCUGAAUCUAUAUUGACUCAAGCAGAGCAACAAGCUGAACAAAUAUUCAAAGACACAACCUUUCGGUUGCCGUCUGGUAGAUUUCAGGUUGACCUACCAUUCAAAGGUCCAAAUGAACCUUCCAAACUAGUUAUCGCGACUGAAGUGUCAUCAGCAAACAAGACCAGUCUUAUCACAUUCAAAAGAAGGUUGAAAUCUGUGAAACCCGAUAACAAAAAUAGCGCUUUCUUCAAAUUAGCCGGCAAGUCAUUGACAAACAACAAAACCAGAAGCGGUCCCAGCACGGAUCCCUGA